GCUUAACAUCUAGCCAUAAACAUUACAGAGGAGAAGAGUGAAGCUUCAAUGGCAAACAACAUAAUAAUAUCUCAGCUGCUCUUAGCAGCACGAGACGGGGACGUGAAAUUCCUCACAGAAGCUCUUGCUACUCAACCUGCUGAUUAUUUCCUUGUUCGGAGUAAGAACAAAGAUGGUCAAGAACAUUACAACUUUAUCCACAUUGCGGUAUUGAAUGAGCAAUCAGAGUUCCUUAAAGAAGCACUAGGUAGAUUACCUGUCUCUACCGUGCAUCUUCUCUGCAACCAAGCUUCUUCGGACUUCAAUUACAACGUGUUUCACUGUGCAGCUUUACGUGGCAAUCUCGCCAUUGUCAAUCUCCUUGUCAAGAUUUACAAAUCAUCAUCUUCAUCAUCAUCUUCUUCUUCGUCAUCUUCUUCUUCAAUGGUGGAUCUUCAUCUGCAUUCCAAGCCAUGGUUAACUGUGGAUGUGAAUGGGAAGACGCCUUUUCACGUGGCUUUGGAUAGGGGGAGGGAUGAUUGUGCAUUGGAAAUAAUGUCACUAGAUAAAGAAAUACUUUGCAAUAUGGUUGACAACAAAGGUAUCAGUCCGCUCUUUCUAGCUGCGCAGCAAGGUUGCGCACAAGUUGGUGUGAAGAUCUUGACAUCGGGCCAUUCUUACAAUACUAGUGGUGAGGAUGGGUCGACUCCCCUUGAUGUUGUACCAAAUUGCUCAGAGGAAGUAUGCAAACUGCUACUUGACAAGCAUCCAGAAAUGGUAAAACAUGUCGAUGAAAAUGGACGCACACUUCUACACAAGUGGGUAAUGAUGGGGAAAUUAUGGCCAAUUCAGUUGCUAUUAAAUCGAGAAAAACCCAAUAUGUGGAGGAAGGAGUUUAUCAACCUCUUAUGCACAACAGAGAAGCUGACAAACAACAAUCCUUUACACAUAGCAGCUUGUAACCACAAUGAAGCAGUUGUGCAGGUUGUGCAGCUCCUUGUUGAAGCUUAUAUAGAUGCCUAUGAACAAGGAGAGGUUCUUCAGCCGAGCCCUUGGAAAUGGGAGAAUAAAGAUGGGGAUACGCCUCUAAUGGUAUCCUUAAUCAAUAAACACGAAGAACUAGCACUGUAUUUUUUGACUGUGGAUAUGGAGAAUUUAGUUAUACAUGCAACCAAGAGUAUACUGUACUAUGCAGUACUGAAUGGAUGUAAUGAUGCAGCAGAAAAUAUUUUGAUUACAGUCCAUCCUACUAGCUUCGAUCUUAUGCAGCUUAAAGGCAAUGGGGGGAGAAAUGUAUUGCACAUCGCAUCGAAUUGCACAGAAAGAACAGGCGACAUCUUGGUGGAAAAGUUACCUUGGCUGAUCAAUGAGCUUGAUGAAGUUGGAAAGAGCCCCCUUGAUAUAGCAGCUGAAGUUGGUACGGCAUGGCUCAUAGAACUACUGCUGAAAAAGGACCCUUCGUUGAGCGCAAAUGCACCAUUUGCUUGGAUUGAAGCAUGUAAGAGAGGCCACAAAGACGCUAUUCAUGCCUUCAUAGACAACUCCACUGAUUUCAGAACCCUCUGUAUUCGUAGAAAAGACUCCCCUUUACAUCACAUACAACUAAAAUCUUACUGGAAAUACAAGGAAUUUUUAGAUAUUCCCUUGAUUCAGGAGAUGAAAAACAUGCCUGAUUUUACUGGUGCAACACCCCUGCAUCGAGCAUUAGAACGCAGGGACAUCGACUUGGUUGAAGCACUGCUCUCCAUUGACGGGGUUUUCAGAAACAUCAAGACCAAGAAUAGGAAAUCUGCCACCGAAAUACUGAAAGAGUUAUGCAAGGAAGACUACAAAUGGGACUCAAUGUGCAGACGUAUACAAAUCAAUCCAUGGCUAAGGACAGAAUUUAUCAGCACUGGUAUGGCUAAUUGUAUGAGAUAUAGUGGAAGUAGGUCACAAGGCACAACACCAUCAGCCGGAGAAAUGCGAGGCACACUAUCAGUUGUAGCAGCCCUUCUUGCAACCCUUACAUUUGCAGCUGGUUUCACUGUUCCUGGAGGCCUUAAUGAAGAUGAUGGAGAAGCAAUUCUGGCAAAGAAGGCAGCCUUUCUAGUGUUCAUACUAGCAGACACAUACGCCAUGUGUUGUUCCAUGUUAGUCUUGUUCUGCCUCAUAUGGUCUAUGGUUGGUGACCGUGAUAAGUCACUCAUAUUGAUCGAUCGAAGCAUGGUGAUACUUGUGCAAUCCCUUUAUGGAACAUUGGUGGCAUUUAUGACAGGAAUCUACGCUACUAUAUCCCACAAGUCCUUGUGGGCAGCUAUCAUAGUCAUUAUUAUGUGCUCUAUCGUUGCGAUUUCAUCCAAUAGAGCUAUCUUGGAUAAGGUGCUUGAUAAGUUAAUCCCUUCGGUUGAAAGGGAGAGAAGAGUGUAAAUCCGGUGUGUGGAAGAGAUAGUCUUUCUUUAAAUAACUUUUAGUUUAAAUUUGUUCUAACAGUUCUGGACAGAAUUAGGAAUAAAGGUUGCAGAAUCUUGAGUUGCGGAUAAAAUAAGAGAGAACAAACACCCAGAGUACCAUAAGAGCGACUCCAGAGGUGGUGUAGCUAUGUUUGUCACAUUAAAUUUCUAGCAACAAUUGAUUUAAGCUACAAAGUUUACAUUGGUUGGCCACAUUACCUUGUACGGAGUAGCUCCUUAUGAUAUUUAAUUUAUUUAUUUUAUCCAAAAUAAAUUAUUCAAGAACCAACAAGAAUUUGAGCUACCGGCUCAAAAUAGCUACAAAAUUUUGAUAAUUUCUUAUGUCAUUAAUGUACCAAUGGUUGGCUACC